GGGCGGCUGGGCGCCUGAACCGCCGGGAAGUGGAGGGUGCGACGCCCAGAAAAGCAGCAGGUGUUCCUGAUCAUUUGGCUUGGAGCCCGCCCGACCGCCCAAGGAUGACAGGCUCCGGCUUUCCUGGUUGCAGGUUGCGGCCGUGAGGUGCCCGCGCAGCUCUCGCCACAUCUACGGUCGCCUGGAAGGGGCUGGCUUGAUUCGCUUCCGGAUCCCAUGGCUAUGACACAGGAAGCCGGAAGUGCAGAUUUCUGUUGCGGGAGAAAGGCAAGGGCGACCGCUGCACCGGGACUUUCGGGAGCGCGGGGUGUCUAGCUGCAGCCCGCUGCUCUCGCCCUUCUCACGUUGAGCCGACUCUGCUGACAGACUGAGCUGUGUUGGAUGAACAGGCCGCUUCGGAAAAAUCUGCCUGGUGAGAUGGUGCAGCCCAGUGGUGGCCCAGCGGGGGAGCAGGCUGUGCUGCCCGAAGAGUCUUCUCUGGGCAAGCCCACGAUGCUCCACCUGCCUGUUGAGCCGGGUGCUCCCGAGACUCUGCAGCGCUGCCUGGAGGAGAACCAGGAGCUUCGAGAUGCCAUCCGUCAGAGCAACCAGACGCUGCGCGAGCGUUGCGAGGAGCUGCUGCGUUUCCAGGCAAACCAGAGGGAAGAGAAGGCGUUCCUCCUGCAGAAGUUCGGGGCGGCCCGGAAGCUGGUGGAGAAGCUGAGCCGGGAGAAGGUGGAGCUGACCGGACAGCGGGAGCAGGCCCUGCAGGAGCUGGAGCACCUGAAGAGGUGCCAGCAGCAGAUGGCUGAGGACAAGGCCUCAGUGAAAGCCCAGGUGACGUCCCUGCUGGGGGAGCUCCAGGAGAGCCAGAGCCGCCUGGAGGCUGCCACCAAGGACCGGCAGGCUUUCGAGGUCAGGGCUCGGGCAGCCAGUGAACAGGCCCGGCAGCUGGAGAGCGAGCGAGAAGCGCUGCAGCAGCAGCACAGCGUGCAGGUGGACCAGCUGCGCAUGCAGAGCCAGAGCAUGGAGGCUGCGCUGCGCGUGGAACGCCAGGCUGCCUCGGAGGAGAAGCGGAAGCUGGCCCAGUUACAGAUGGCGUAUCACCAGCUCUUCCAAGACUAUGACAACCACAUCAAGAGCAGCAUGGCUAACAGUGAGCGAAACCGAGGCCUCCAGCUGGAAGACCUGAAGCAGCGGCUGCAGCAGGCCGAGGAGGCCCUGGUAGCCAAGCAGGAGCUGAUCGACAAGCUGAAGGAGGAGGCAGAGCAGCAUAAGACGGUGAUGGAGACCGUCCCAGUGCUGCGGGCCCAGGCGGACAUCUACAAGGCGGACUUCCAGGCCGAGAGGCAGGCCCGGGAGAAGCUGGCUGAGAAGAAGGAGCUGCUGCAGGAGCAGCUGGAGCAGCUGCAGAGGGAGUACAGCCGGCUGAAGGCCAGCUCGCAGGACUCGGCCAGGGCUCUGAUUGAGGAUAUGCGUAAGCGGCAUGUCGAGGGCUCGCAGCCUCCCCUGCCCUCUGCCUCAGCCCACCACUCCUUUCACCUGGCUUUGCCUGGCCAGCGGAGGAGCCCCCCAGACGAGCCUCCAGAUUUCUGCUGUCCCAAGUGCCAGUAUCAGGCUCCAGACAUUGACACCCUGCAGAUACAUGUCAUGGAGUGCAUUGAGUAGGGCCACCUGUGGCCGAUGAAGCCAGGACAAUGUCGUCUCUGCUUUCCCCUCACCUGCCCGGCCCACCGAGAGGGCAGCUACUCGAGCACCGACUACCAGCCUUGGCGUCCCCGCUUCGGGGCUGGCUGUUCUCUGCUCCUGCUGGCCAUGGAGGUCUUCUUCCUCCAUGCCCACGGGGAUGCCAGGCCAAGGCCCACCAGGGAGAGUGCCAUCUUGACCUCCACCUGUGUCGCCGCGCUCCCCAUUCUCACGGCUGGUGCACUAACUACCCUAGUGCACUUUGCAUCCGUUAGGGAGGGCAUUUGGGACAUUUCAAGAGAAAAUCCUGUGCGCCUUUGGGAUGGCUUCCUGCUUACACCUCUGACUUGUCACCAUCCACUAGACUUGCUAUUCUCUGGUGGUUAGCGGGGUUGACCAUCUCCUCAGGAGUUGGAGGGCCAUUUGUGAAGUGCCUGUGGCCCAUUUUUCUCUCCGGCGGUGGCCGUCUUUGUUUCUUGGACUUUAGGAGGCGUGUAUCAGUAGGUUUUGCUUCGAUGUAUGAUGUACAUUGCAAAUAUCUUUUCCCAGCUUGA